AUGGCUACAGACCCACUCUCAGAGCUUCAGGAUGACCUAAAAUUGGAUGACACCAACCAGUCCCUCAGCCAGCUCAAACUGACCCCCAUAGAUGAUAAGAGCUGGCCAGCAGAUGAAGCCCCUGCUUUUCCCAAAUUGGAGGACUCCAAAGGCUCCCCAGAGCCUGUCACUCACCUGCAGUGGGAUGAUCCCUACUAUGACAUUGCCAGGCACCACAUUGUGGAAGUAGCAGGUGAUGAUAAAUAUGGAAGGAAAGUCAUUUUGUUCAGUGCCUGCCGGAUGCCCCCGAGCCAUCAGCUUGAUCAUGUGAAACUCCUGGGGUACCUGAAAUUCACCCUGGACCAGUAUGUGGAGAGUGACUACACACUGGUGUACCUGCACCAUGGCCUCACCAGUGAGAACAAGCCAUCCCUGAGCUGGCUGAGGGAUGCCUACAGGGAGUUCGAUCGCAAGUACAAGAAGAACAUCAAAGCCUUGUAUAUUGUGCACCCGACCAUGUUUAUCAAGACCCUGUUGAUUCUCUUCAAGCCUCUGAUCAGCUUUAAGUUUGGACGAAAGAUUUUUUAUGUGAACUUCCUUAGUGAGCUGGAGGAGUAUGUGAAGCUGGAGCAGCUGGGGAUCCCAAGCCAAGUGCUAAAAUACGACGAAUAUUUGAGAUCCCUGCAGAAACCUUCACAAGUGCCCCAGAAGCCAACACCCCCACGCCCACCACUGCCAAACCAGCAGUUUGGAGUCUCCCUCCAGCAUCUCAGGGAGAAGAGCCCUGAUCAGUCUGCUGUUCCUCUGGUGGUCAGAGACACCAUUGCUCAUUUGCAGGAGCAUGCUCUUACUACAGAGGGGAUUUUCCGGAGGUCAGCAAACACACAGGUUGUCAGGGAGGUCCAGCAGAAGUACAACAUGGGUGUGCCUGUAGAUUUCCAGCAGUAUGAAGAUGUCCACCUCCCUGCUGUGAUUCUCAAGACCUUCUUGAGGGAGCUCCCCGAGCCCCUCCUCACUUUUGGCCUCUACAGCCACGUUGUCAGCUUCCAGAGUGUGGAGGAGGUGAAUCGUGUGGACGUUGUUCGUAAAACACUCCAGACUCUCCCAGAAGAGAACUACCAAGUGCUCCACGUACUGACAGCCUUUCUGGUGCAGGUCUCUGCUCACAGUGACAGGAACAAGAUGACAAACACCAACCUGGCCGUUGUGUUUGGCCCAAAUCUGCUGUGGGCCAAAGAUGUAGCCAUCACUCUAAAAGCCAUCAACCCCAUCAAUACCUUUACCAAGUUCUUGCUGGACCACCAGAAGGAGCUCUUUGAGGAUGUGGAGGCCUGA